AACAGGCUUAUCGUACUAGUGACUAAGAACAAAGCUAAUAACACCCAUAAAUAAUUCAUAUGCAAUGUGUGGUAGUACAUAAUAGCCUAUACGUAGUAUUCUUCGUUAAUACCUAUCCCUGAAGAGCCGUAAUUUAACAUCUUAGAGUUUAAAGGUUGCCUAUAUACAAUGUUGUAUGUAUUAUGUUGCAUGUCGUUGUUACUAACCUUCAUAAUCAGUGUUCGGGCAUGCCCUCUAGAAUAUGAAAGCACAGAUGAAACAGAACUGAACAAUACGCUACCUCUGUUGAAUGACACUGAUAUCGAAGACAGAACUGUUAUAACUGACAGGCAAAUCCUCUGGCCAUCGUCAUCAUCUGGACUUGUUUUUAUUCCAUACGUAAAUGCCAACCUUGAACCUAGAGUGGUAAAUCUUCUAAGACAUUAUAUUGAACAGUUCAGUCUCCAUUCAUGUCUACGCUGGGUUCCAAGAACACAUGAAAGGGAUUAUGUUGUGUUCAAUAGAGGCAACUGGGGGUCCGAUCGUUGUUUCGCUAUAAUUGGCAGACUUGGAGGGCCACAACAUGUUAAUAUAUCUGAAAGGUGUUUGCAUUUUUACCAACAGCGCCCAGAUGUGCAUUAUAUACCUCACGAAAUGUUGCAUGCAUUGGGCUUCGUACACGAACAUCAAAGAAGAGACCGUGAGUGUUACAUAGAAGUUUUUGGAGGCGCACUUCAGGACUACAACAACAGAAUAUAUACAAACUUUUGGACUGAUAUUACCUUCCCAUUUGACAUUCACAGUGUGAUGCAGUACCGGGCCAGCUCGAUUUUUAGAUCAUUGUUUGGUGAAACCGUUGGGCCGCUCAGUGAGGAGAUGUCUAUGUUAGACUGGAUGAAGCUCAACUACAUCUACUGCCGUGGACCGCAUAUAUGUGACACAAAUUAUAGUUUAUGUGCAAAUCACAAGAAUAUUCUUAAACAGUGCAUCCGGAGAGGUGCACUUCCUCGUAAUCUUUUACAUGUACAGGAUUCAAACUGGCUAAAUGGUUGAAAACAUUUACCUAUAAAAUAAUCUUGUAUUUUUAUGUAUACACAAAUAUGUACAAGGAAUUAUAUACUUGAUGGAAAUAAAAA